GUAAAAAGUAAUCAAUCAAAAUGCCCAUCUUUCAUUCCGAUUCUAUUCUGAUUUUAAAACGAUCAAAUUUCUCGAGAUGGAAAGAGAAGGAAAAAGAUAAACCGAGCAAGAAUUCAGCUGAAAAGAACAGGCCUACUAGGAAAGUAACUCGCUGAUAUCUAGGUGCACUCAGGUAUUAUUUUUGAACACAUCGCAAUGGCUGAACGCUUGACGGAGAGGCAAGGAGAGGGGAAACAGCUGUUCGGUGGUGGACAUGUUUAUCGCAGCGGCCGUGCGGGGAUGCGUUGUCGUUCCGGGGUGCAUACGUCGACUUGGGAGAUAGCACGGGCGGGAAUGAUGUGAUGACGAGGAAUGUGGUGAAUGACGCCCGGACUGAGUUGGUGAGCGCGCUACGUCCGGUGCUACGUGCGUGAAAAACGCGUCGUCGUCGGUGGGUUAUGUGUCGACGGGCCGCGCGCAAUUAUUAUCAUGGCGCAGUGCAAGUUAACCCCGCGCGAGUUUAUCGGCAACGCAUUCUCCCCGCAGAUCGCCGUGGUCUGCUCGGCCGCGGCCGACGCCGCGUGCCAGAAAAAUAAUCUCUCGUUUGUCGAGCUGCUCCAGCCGUUUUGUAAAUUAAACACCGAAGGUCAUUUUAAGGAUCCUCAAGGAACUACAGUGGCAAUUAGAAAUCUUAGACUUUCCAUACAAGAUAUUAAUGCGCGACCGCCAGAACCGAGUCUUGCCAAGAAGUUGUUGAACGAAGCAGUCAGUUCUGCAAUGUGUGAGCGUACAACUGCAAUUCGCAUUGGCGUGACUGAGUUGGACAUCCCUGUUUCCGUUCCCUGGUUUGAAGCAUGGAGAGAAACAUUUUUGAACGUCCAAUUUCCAUCAGAUCAUGAAUUCACAAAACAUCUGCUCGCGUGCAUGAUAGUCAUUUCCACGGCAGAAGACAAUCCAUUAGAAAGAAUUCAAACUAUGGGAGCGCAAUUGCAUCAAAGUAUACCAGGAAAGUUGCCUAAGUGGUUCAACAAUAAUGCUCUUAGGUAUUACAUCUUAGUUCACGAUGCCAUUCAGGAUGAUAGAAAUAAAGCAGAAACAGUUUUUACAGAGAUGAAGACAAUUUAUGGUGCUAACAAUUGUUUUCUAUUGCAAAUGAAUUCGAGACCGCCUGGUCUGUCCGACGACAAUACGCAUUUGCCCGAUCCUUGGAGUCAGUUUUUGACAAAACAUUCGGAAUUAGUUGGUAACAGUGAACAGAAUAGUUCUCCUCGUACACCAGCGGAUAUAGAUGGAGUAUCUGCCAUGCCGAGUGAGCUGACUACAGAAACUGAGAA